CAAAAAAAGAGAGCCAUAGCAAAAAAAAGGAAAGAUAAACUACCUCGUAUGCCAUACCGAACACCUUAGUCCUAACAUCAGUAGACUAGUCAUUUUCCUCAAUUCUUUGCUGUUCUUCAUUUCUUUCCCCUCCGUAUCCUCGGUCACUCUCCUGUGCCGCCGCCGCCACCGCCACCCCCACCCCCGGUCUCCUUAUCAGUUUUCUCCUCUAUUACGUUUACAUACACCUGAAGGGUGCUACUAAGGUCUCUGAGAUGGCUGAGGUUAACACGGAAGCCCCCAAACUACCAAUACCAGGAAAAAGAAAUAUCCUAAUUACCAGUGCCCUGCCUUACGUGAACAACGUACCCCAUCUCGGCAACAUCAUCGGCUGUGUGUUGAGUGCGGAUGUUUUUGCUCGGUAUUGUAGACUCAGAGGAUACAAUGCGAUAUACAUAUGUGGAACGGAUGAGUAUGGGACAGCCACCGAGACAAAAGCCAUGGAAGAGAACUCUACUCCCCAAGAAAUUUGCGACAAAUAUCACGCAAUCCAUAAGGAAGUCUAUAAAUGGUUUAACAUUAGCUUCGACAAGUUUGGGCGAACAUCCACUCCCAAACAAACUGAGGUUUGUCAGUCCAUUUUCAAGAAGCUAUUGGAGAAAAACUGGCUUACUGAGAAUACAAUGCAGCAGCUUUACUGUGACACAUGCAAAAGAUUUUUAGCUGAUCGCCUUGUAGAGGGGAACUGUCCAACACCUGAUUGUAACUAUGAUUCUGCACGUGGAGAUCAAUGCGAAAAGUGUGGGAAGCUGUUAAAUCCUACAGAACUAAAAGAGCCUAGAUGCAAGGUCUGUCAUACUACUCCAUGCAUUCGUGAUACAGACCACUUGUUCCUUGAGCUCCCUUUGCUGAAGGAUAAACUAGAGAGCUAUGUAAAAAGUAUGUCAGUGGAUGGUGGAUGGAGUCAGAAUGCUAUUCACACAACACAUGCAUGGUUAAAAGAAGGACUAAAGCCAAGGUGUAUCACUAGAGAUCUGAAAUGGGGGGUUCCAGUUCCACAUGAGAAAUACAAAGACAAGGUUUUCUAUGUAUGGUUUGAUGCACCAAUUGGGUAUGUGUCAAUCACUUCAUGCUACACAGCCGAAUGGGAGAAAUGGUGGAAGAAUCCCGAGAAUGUUGAGCUAUACCAAUUUAUGGGCAAGGAUAAUGUGCCUUUUCAUACAGUAAUUUUCCCAUCUACACUACUUGGAACUGGUGAAAACUGGACUUUUAUGAAAACUAUCAGUGUCACAGAAUACUUGAACUAUGAAGCAGGGAAGUUUUCAAAAAGUAAAGGUGUUGGAGUCUUUGGAAAUGAUGUAAAGGAUACAACUAUUCCUGUGGAAGUAUGGAGAUACUACUUGCUAGCAAACCGGCCAGAGGUAUCAGACACCUUAUUUACAUGGACGGAUUUACAGGCGAAGUUAAAUAGCGAAUUACUAAGCAAUCUUGGGAACUACAUCAAUCGUGUCUUGAGUUUUAUUGCAAAAGAUUCUGCUUCUGGAUAUGGUUCCAUAAUUCCUGAUACUGAAGGUGGUGUAUCUCAUCCCUUAACUAUUGCUUUGGGAGAAAAGGCUGGAAACUAUGUGGAACUAUAUAUUGAAGCCAUGGAAAAGGUAAAAUUGAAGCAAGGCUUGAAAAUUGCCAUGUCUCUUUCUGGUGAAGGAAAUGCUUACCUGCAAGAAACCCAAUUUUGGAAGCUAUACAAGGAAGACAGGCCUUCAUGUUCAAUAGUUAUGAGAACUGCUGCUGGUCUAGUGUAUCUCCUUGCUUGCCUUUUAGAGCCUUUUAUGCCUUCCUUUUCACGUGAGGUAUGUAAGCAAUUAAAUUUGCCUGAAACUAUGCUUUCACUUGCUGCUGAAAAUGGUGUCAUUGAAAGGGCUAAAAAACCCUGGAAUAUUUUACCUGCUGGUCACAAAAUUGGAACACCUACACCAUUAUUCAAAGAGUUGAAAGAUGAAGAAGUUGAAUUCUACAGAGAGAAGUUUGCAGGAAGUCAAGCUGACAGGACCUUGAAGUUAGAAGAGGAAGAGAAGAGGAUUACCGAACAAUUAAAUAAAGCUAAAAUUUCAGAUGAAAAAACGAAGAAGGUAAGAUCAACAAAAUCAGCUGAAGCCAAAUCCAAGGCCACAUCGGCUGCCUCUGGUGAACUAGAAGUGUCCAUUGGCAGACUAGAUAUCCGUGUUGGUCUUAUCAAGAAAGCCCAAAAGCACCCUGAUGCUGAUUCUUUAUACGUAGAAGAGAUUGAUGUUGGUGAAGCACAACCAAGGACUGUUGUUAGUGGCUUGGUCAAAUACAUUCCACUUGAAGAGAUGCAGAAUCGUAAAGUCUGUGUUCUAUGCAACCUCAAGCCAGCAACCAUGAGGGGUAUUAAAUCGCAAGCAAUGGUUCUUGCUGCCUCUGACCAUGAUCACACAAAGGUUGAGUUAGUUGAGCCACCUGAAGGUGCUGCAGUUGGCGAACAUGUUACGUUUCAGGGAUUUGAGUGCAAGCCUGAUGAUGUAUUGAACCCCAAGAAGAAGGUUUGGGAAACCGUUCAAGUGGAUCUCCACACUAACAAUGAGUUGGUAGCCUGCUACAAAAAUAUUCCAUUCACUACCUCAGCCGGGGUGUGCAAGGUUUCUUCCAUCUCUGAAGGGUCUAUAAGAUAGAAUGGAUUCCAUACACACCAGAGAAGAGAGGAGCUCUACAUUUUUGCAAUAUUGUUUCUGGCUAAAAUCCCUCCUGUUUUUAUUGUUAUCCAGAUUCCAUUAAAGAUUAGCUGUUUAUAGCAAUUCCGCUGUUGUCAUGUUUUAUUCAGGAUAUAGGAUGAUUACAUUUCAGCAUUUCUACUUAAUUACGGUGUAUGGUAUGUGUGGUUUGGUAUACACAAAAAGUGAAAUUCCUAUGCAUACUAUGGCUGCGAUUUUAGAAAUGGGCAAGGGAGAAUUGAUUUGAAAAUUUGUGCCAAAAUACCAAUGUUAAUUUUGAUAUCAAUGUUAAUUUUAAUAGCGUUUACAUUUAUGUUUCAAUUUAUAUUUACACAUGCAGAU